CCCUGUUGAAUCCUAUUGUUCUCCAGGUGUACUCUGAUCUCGUCUUUCGUACUUAGUUUCCCCUCGUGGCUGAGGAAACUAAAUUAACCAGCUACAUUCCGGAAAGACAUUAGGACACCUAAAUAUCUUGGACCGGCGCAAAAUGAGGAGGCCUGACCUUGGACGCGGGAUGGGGUCCUUCGGUGGGUCCUUCCGAGGGGUGACAUUCAGCUGGCCGGUAGUGCCACAGAACUUCCAUACUGCAACCAUGGCUCAAUUUGUCCGUAACCUCGCAGAGAAGGCCCCAGUGCUGGUAAAUGCUCCUCUGGUGGUUGAGUUUUCCAGUCUUUCCUUACCUUUCAUGACCUUAGCAGUUUUAAGGUAUCUGUCUGCUGUGACUUACUCUAAACCUCGAUUGGCCACAUUUUGGCAGUAUGCCAAGGUUGAGCUGAUUCCUCCAACCCCUGCUGAGAUCCCAACAGCUAUUCAGAGGUUGAAAAAAAUAAUCAAUAGUGCUCAAACUGGUAGCUUCAAACAGCUCACAGUUAAGGAAGCUCUGCUGAAUGGUUUGGUGGCCACUGAGGUGUGGAUGUGGUUUUACGUCGGCGAGAUCAUAGGCAAGCGUGGCAUCAUUGGCUAUAAUGUUUGAAGACCAAUCUUUAACAUCUGUUUCUUUUUGGUUUAUUAUUUGAAUGUUCUUGGACCAUGAAUAAUCAGAAUGGUAUUUGAAUUAAAAAAAAAAAAGUAUUUCAAAA